AUGGCAGCUGAGAAAGCUGAAAUGGAUGCACUGAAAAAGGAGUGCGAUGGCCUCCGCGCACAGAUUGAGGCGGCCCGUAAGGCCGUGAAUGAUGGCAGCAUGUCAGCAGCAUCGGGAGCAGCGUCUCCGGUGAGCCGUGUGCAGCUGAAGCUCAGGAAGACACUCAAGGGUCACCUGGCCAAAAUCUAUGCCAUGCACUGGUCUGCUGACGCCAGAGCAAAUGGUCAGGCAUCACAGGAUGGCAAACUUCUCGUCUGGGACUGUUUCACAGGCAACAAGUUGGUUGCCGUUCCUCUAAAGUCUGCUUGGGUGAUGAGCGUCGCCUUCGCCCCCUCUGGUAACCUGGUGGCCAGCGGUGGUCUGGACAACAUGUGCACAGUGUACAACAUCAAGGCUGCCAGCCCCAAGACCCUCAGGGAGCUGGACGCACACACAGGUUACCUCUCUUGCUGCCGUUUCCUUAGCGACACUGAGAUCCUGACAGCCUCUGGUGACACCACCUGCUGUCUGUGGGAUCUGGAGACCGGCAAGCAGAAGAUCAUCUUCACCAACCACAUUGGUGACUGCAUGUCGCUGGCUCUCUCCCCCGACACGAACACCUUCAUCUCUGGAGCCUGCGACUCUCUGGCCAAGCUGUGGGACCUGAGGGAAGGCGUCUGCAAGCAGACCUUCUCUGGACACACCAGCGACAUCAACGCCAUCGCUUUCUUCCCAAGCGGAAACUGCGUCAUCACAGGCUCCGACGACUGCAGCUGCAAGAUGUACGACCUGCGCGCCGACCAGGAGGUGAUUGGCUACCAGGACACCACCCUGAACGCCGGCGUCACGUCUUUGGCCCUCUCCAACUCAGGCCGCCUUAUCUUUGCCGGCUACGAUGACUUCAACUGCCACAUCUGGGACUCACUGAAGGGAGAGAAAGUUGGUGUGCUGUCUGGCCACGACAACAGGGUGAGCUGCACCGGCGUCCCCUCAGACGGUAUGGGCGUGUGCACAGGAUCCUGGGACAGCUUCCUCAAACUGUGGAACUGA